CAGUAUAGUAUGAUGAUUUUAGUUCCUUUGGAUAAAUACCAAGGAUUGGGGUUGCUGAAUUAUACUGUGAUUCCAUUCCCAAUGUUCAUAGGAAUUUCCAUACUGAUUUUCAUAGUGGUUGUACUAAUUUGCAGUCUCACCAGCAAUGUAUAAGCGUCCCCACCCUCCUUGCCAGCAUUUAUUAUUAUUUGUAUUCUUGAUGAUUUGAGGUACUACUAUCAAUAAACUAAACCAUAUAAUUUGUAACUAAAUAAUUGAUGUUUCUGUACAUCUAAAUGGUUAACAUUUAUUGCAUAAGUACUAUAAACCAAAUACUGAUAUGUCUUAUAACCAUUAUCUCUCUCAUUUAAUCCUCACAGUAGUCAUAUGAUCAAGCAUUGACUUCAUCUUAUAAAUGAAUGCAUUGAAACUUAGAGAUGUUAAUAUGCCCAAGGUCUUAUGGCUAACAAUUUUGACCCAGAUAUGUAGAUUUUAAGUCUAUGUUCUUGCCCUUUGUAUUGUCUCUAUGUUGUGGAUUGCCAUUAUACUUUUUAUGCAUGGGUUUUAUUUUGUCAUUUUUUUUAAUCAUCUUUUCCCUUUUCUUGGCAUUCUUAUCUUUUCUGGCAUCAUUUGUUAAGCACUUGUUAUAUGUUAAUAAAUGUACUAGGUACUGUAAGUACUGUAUUCUGUCUCUCUUCAUUUUUGCCACCUCCCUGUCUACAGGUUUUAUUGUGUCUUACUUAAAGGAGAGGGAAUUUGGGUCUCAGAUAGAAGCACUCCAGCUGCCACGUGGAGGGCCUGUAAGAGGAGCAGGAGUAGAGUUUUCCCUGAGAUUCCUUCGGAGCAGAGGGCAGCAAAGGAUUUGCACGAUUACAGACAGCUGGCCAGGGUACGACUUAGAUUUGUUCACAUACCCACAGCACUAUUACGGAGAUUUGGAAUAUGUACUCAUACCCCAUGGCAUCAUUGUGGACAGAAUUGAGCGGCUGGCAAAGGAUAUAAUGAAAGACAUUGGAUACUGCGACAUUAUGGUCCUGUGUGUACUUAAAGGUGGUUACAAAUUCUGUGCUGAUCUUGUAGAACACCUUAAGAACAUCAGCCGAAAUUCAGAUCGGUUUGUCUCUAUGAAGGUUGAUUUCAUCAGACUAAAAAGUUACAAGAUUGAAGCAUGUGUGAGGUUAAGAUAAUACUACACCCCUGGGAUGUUGGGAGUGAACACCUUGCUACCUAAGAAUGUUGGCAGGCCAAGAGGUAUGUGUUUGUGAGGCACUGAAAGGCCGUAAGCUCACCUUUGAUCUGUGUUCAUAUACUCUCACUUUAGAGCCUGUGUCUACAUGGGUGUUGGUUUUACUCUCAGUGAUUCACAAAGUAGAAAUCAGAUAGCAAAUACCUAAGAAAUGAUUUGUUUUGAAAAUGCAUUAUGACAUUCUAUAUUCACAGUGACUCAAACCAAACUGGAAUAUUUCUAGUGGAAAUAAAAUAUUUCUACUCUUGAAUAAAAUAUUUGGAAAUUUAGCAAAUGGGUUCUGUGUCCUAGAACAAUGUUUACUUGUUUUAAUUAUGGCUUUCUUUUCUUAUUUAAAUGCAUGACUUUGAGUUCUGAUUCUACAGUUUAUUUUUUUCCUAUCUGAUUUGAAAAUUUAUAAUCUUGGAGCAAGAGAUUCAUAGGGCAGUGAGGUGUUUGGAUUUCAGUUUUUUUACAUUAUAGGGCAUGCUCAUUCAAUUUAUCAACUUUAAAAAAUUCAGACAAAAUGGACAUUUCCCAGAAGUUAAGUAAUUUCUCCAGAGACAACAUACAAUUUCAUUAGUCAUUGGAUUUAAAAAUCUAACCUGAUUAAAAAAAAUACAUGGUUCUAUUUCUCCACAUGGCACCCAAAGAAAUAUUUGUUUGUGCAUCUUGAAUCCACAGAUGCCUUGUGCUUCCUCUCUUCAUGUGAGUUCUAGUUCCUACAUUGCAGAUAGAUUCCAAAACCUGCCUUAAGAAGCAUUGUGCUAAAUGGCAUUAUCUUUAUUAGCAUUUGACUAUAUGAACUGAAUAUAAAAUAUCUUCUAAUAGAGCCUUUGUAAAUCUUAGACUGACCAGAAAGGGUCUUUUCUGGCAGAAAUGACAACCCCUGAACACACAGAUAAGAGAGAUUAUGCCCGACUUGAUUCUAACCCCUCUGAUGAUGACAUGAUCAUAGUAGAAUUUUACUUAACCAAUUAUCUGGGCAUAAAGAAUUAUUGUACUUGGAUCUAAAAUAGGGUAAAGUGUUUGGAAUCACAGUAACAAGCAUAUCAGUGAUUACAUUCAACAGAUAACUUUAUUGCAAUUGAAAACUGAAAAAUUAAUCAUCUCAUAAACCUAAAAUUACACACACUGUCACAUAAAGGAUCAAGCUAAGAGGAACAAUAAGAACCCCAAGAUUGCUCAACGUUAUUCCCUGACAGUAUUACACGUUCCUCUUAAACUAACUUUGAACCCACAAGAGGAAGCUAACUCCUGGCUUAUCUCUGUUUCAGCAUAGAGUUCCUUUACUAUGAUUCUGCUUUGAAAAUGGGGAAGCCCUAGGAAAGUCAGUGUUUUCUCCAUAAAAUGGCUGACAUUUCAAGGGUAAAUGGGAUUAGACCUUUUUGAUGCCGUAUUUGACAUCCUUCAUCUUUUAUUUAAUGAAAAGAAUGCCUUAUACUCUGGUCAAGUCUGAUUUCAAAACAUUAUCAAUGGAAUUUUCACUAUUUGUAUACUCACCUGUAAUUUUCCCACAUAGUAAAGUUUUCCAGAGGAAGAGGGACAUGAUCUGAUUUACAGUUUGAAAGGAUCACUGGGGAUGGUAAGUGAAGACUAGGAUAGAGGGUCAAGGGCAGAACCAGGAGGACCAGAGGAGAGGUUGCUGCAGACUCUGGAGACAUUUUAUAGUAGAGCCGGGAGGAUGGGAGGGGAGGUAAAAGAGAAUGACAGGCAUCCAGGAUGAUGUCCAAGUUUGAAGCUUAGGUACCAAUUGGGAGGAAAUAUUUGCAAAACAUGUAUCUGAUAAAGGUCACUUUUCUAGAUAUGCAGCAUUCUUACAACUCAUUAAAUAGAAGACAAAGAAUCUAUUUUUUAAACAUUGGCAAAUGGUUUGAACAGGCACUUUACCCAAAGGGAUUCUUUAUGAAUGGCUAAUGAGAACAUGGGAAAAUUCUCAAUAAUCAUUAGUCAUCAAGGAAACAUAAAAUCACGAGAUACCACUUCACAUUCACUAGGAUGCCAAUGACCAAGAAGUCAUCCAAUUAAAACUAAAGAGGUCAAGUAGUAACCAUCAUUGGGGAGGAAGUGGAGAAGUUGGAACCCUCAUACACUGUUGGUGGGAAUGUACAACAGUUCAGCCACCUUGAAAAACUCUUAGACAGUUUCUUAUAAAGUAAAUCUAUACUUUCCAUAUAACUCACAACCCUACUCCUAGGUAUUUUUAUCCAAAUGAAAACUUUUUUUUUUAUAGAAAGGCUGGUGUGUGAACAAAUCUUCAUAGCAAUUUUAUUCAUAAGAAAUCAAAAUAGAAGCAUUGCAGAUGUCCACAAACUGUUGAAGGGAUAAACAAACCAUGGGGUGUCCAUGAAUAUACAGUCAACAAUAAAAAAGAAUGAGCUACAUGCAAAAUGUGAUACCUGCAGCAGUAUGGGUGAAUCUCCAAUGCUCUAUGCUGACUAAAAGAUCCAGACUUGAAAGGCUACAUACUGUAUGACUCUGAUUAAAUUAAACUUAAAAAAAAAGAAAAAAAAAACAAACAAAGAAAAGUCAUAGCAGAACGUACAACACU